AUGACCGGAGGGCGGGGCUGGGGCCUCAAUCAGUCAAAAAUGACAAUCGUUAAAUCUCCAUUGACGCACUUCGGAGAAGCUUUAAUCAGCCAUCAUUUAUCGGAUACUGAAGAAAGUUUAAAAGAAGACCUAGUGGAAUACAUGAAGAACAAUCACAACGAACUCAGCCCCCUUGUGCGCUACAAAAUCUACAUGACGAACCAAGUGUCUCCGUUGGUUAAUAACUUUAUCGUGCAUUCAAAGAGAGAUUAUUCAAAUGACGAGACAAAAAUAGAGCCACUGCCUGAUCUGCUCCUUGGAAAAAAAUUUAGAGAAUUUUACUACCGACUUCAAACAAAUUUGAAACUUGCUUUCACCCAUGGCCCUGGAAUCCCUCCCACGCAUGAAGGUUACAGGCGGUUUAUGUACCGCACUUUGCGUCCUCUCCUCAAGCAGGGCUAUCUUGUUAAAUCUUGUAAAAAAACAGGUAGUUGCAAAUGCGAUCAUUUGAUAGUUCCCAAAGAUAAUUUUGGUCAGUUUGUAUUUGUCAUGAAUUACACAGUGGUAGAGCCUGAAUUUAAAAUGGUAUUCGAGCCGAUGACGAGAAAAGGACUAGCGAGGAUGAAGAAAUUCAAGAUGGGAUGUGACCUAAAUGAAAUUUAUGCUAAUGCUCGCUACAAGUACAGAUUUUUCUUUUUGUUCUCUGGAACGGAUAUUCAGAUGCGAUAUGAUAAAUUGUUUUGAUUAUUCUAUCAAUUUUUUU